UUUAAUGAAGCAUCCCAACAUGUCGUGGCCUGGUGUCUCAAAUCCUCCCCGGUGUUUUAAAAUUAGAUUUUGAUCUUUUUUGGUGUCUUUUGAACAGCAGGUUCUCCCAAUUAUCCUUUGUUACCCAAAAAUAACCAAAAAGGAAAAAAAAAACAAACAAGCGAGUGAUAUAGCUUAGCCGGUCAUUAGUGUCAGGGUUCUUAAAUCAGCUAACCUGCAGUUUCUGCUUCAGUAAAUUUGCAUUUUAUAAUGCGCCUUUUAUAAAUAAUUUCAAAAGUAAUCUUUGUCUUUUAACUGCAAUGGCGGAUUUUGAUUUCAUUAUUUUUUUUUACGAGCUACUGUCGAGCAAUUCGUAAGAAAAUUUAUGCUGAGAUUUUAAUCAAAAUAGAAAUUAUUGCAAAAACAGGAUUCUCUUUUGUGCAUUGAAUUUUUUUAGCAAGUGUAGUUAAAGUUAAAUAAAAAUUUACCGGUUCUUUUAUGUUAUUUUAAUCAAUUGGUCUGACUUUGGUGUGCUAACAACAAACCUUUCGAUUAUUACUGUUUUUAAAACCCAAAUAUUCUUAUCAAAAUCACCUGCGACGCUAAUUAGCUCGGACAGUCAGCCUUUCAAAUUAUGUUUUUGUUUACAGAAACUGUCGGCAUGAAAUCCUCAAAUUUGGCAUGAAAACAUUCUGAUAGAAUUCUGUGGAUUUAAUUUUGAAGUUCUGAAGUCGUGAAACAAUUUCGGUCGGAUAAAUAGAAAAAUGGACAGAAAAAUGGAGUAUAAUUCAGACAAAUUUGCGGAUAAAAGUAGCAAAGAGUUCAGAACAAGUGAUUGCAAGCCAAAUUAUGAAAAUACAAGUUUAAUUCUGACCUCUCAAAGUACAGAUGCUACAGAGCAGGGAGAAUUAGCUAGCAAAAAUGAAAAUCCUCGAGCCAUUAAUAGUUCAAACCAAAAUCUGCGAACGUUUAUUGAAACUCCUAACACGACCUCAAAAACGCUUAUUUUGAACAACCAAAAUACACGUGAACCGAAUCGGGAAGAUUGUGAAAUUUCUGAGAAGCCGCUGUCAAAAUCGAGUUUUUCAGUGGAUCAGUCUAACUCAGAAGAAGAAUAUUACGACUUCAAAAACAAGUCCGAAACUCCGGAAAAACCUAGAACGCCACGAAGAAAACUUGUUAAGCUAAUUCACCAAGAAUCACUUAAGCAGGAUAGUGAAAGUCUUUCAAAAGAUAGUGAAUCUUUAACCUUCGAAGGUGAAAAUUGGGUUUCACAGAAUAGUCCAGAUAAAAUCAGAGAAAAUGACAGCGAAAACUUAGACGUUUUAUUUACAGAAUCAGAUCAAUUUCCUAGAAAUUCUUUGCCUAAAGAAACAGUUUCAGCUCAUAUAAUACAAGAAAAAUUGAGCGAAGAUUUAGAUUUGUUUGCAAACCCCGAAGAAAAUGAAUCUCAAAGCCUAAGUAAAAGUUAUAAGUCCCCUGGUAAAAGUUAUAUUUUAUUACCAGCCAGUUCAAAUGCUGGGAAACUUUCAAAACCUUGCAGCAGUUUCAAAAAUGAAACUAACAGUGAAAUUAUCAAGCCCAACCGGCCAUUGUCAGUUAUAAUUUCAGUUGAUCCCGAAAUCGUACCCAGUAGAUUGGACGCUCCAGUUACCCUAGAGCGGGCUUUUUCUCAAUACAAUAAGAACAAACCAAGUUCUUCCGUCAAAGUUUCAGCUAACAAAAGCCGGAAGCCUUUUGGAAACAGCGUAUUUACGACAAAUUCUUCGGAACAGAAGCGGAUAACAGAUUCUCCCGAAAGCCUCUCUCAAAUUGAAAAAUCCGGCUCAACUAAAUCCAAACUGAAAGCUUCUGACAUCAAACGAGAUUUAAACAAUUCGGAUAAUUCUGGGAAUUCAAGUAAACCGGUUAAUUUGAAAUCAGAAGUUAGCUGUAAACGCCCUUUAAACCGAAGCUACACAGUCUCAAAUACAAACCCAAAUUUACAACCGUCAAACUCAAGUUUAUGCGACCGAGAUAGAAGUAAUAUUAUUACUAGUUAUAACAUUGGGUCUGCUUCGCCUUUUACUGGGAAACAUAAUAACCGCGCCUUAUUCCGGGAACACAGUCCGAAUAUAGGCUGGAAAACAAGGUCAAGGUCUGUUCGCCAGCCUAGAAAGUCUGGUUAUUUUGGUUAUCGACAAGCUGGAAUUAAUCACUAUUCAUCCUAUUAUUCUCCGAAUACAGGUGUCGGAGUUAAAUUAGCAGAUUUUGAUCCCCAAAUCUUUCUUAAAAGUCCAAUAUUGACAGGGGGAAAAUUAAAUAAUAGGAUUGUCUCAGCUUCUUACAAGAAUUUGGAACAAAGGAACUAUUUUUCUGGCAGCGGUCAGCUUUUAAUUCGCGACUCAAUCAGUCUAAAAAGAUCACCACAAAAUUCAUUUCGGCGUGAAUUAAUCAAUGAUUUGAAUAAACAGUUUGGACCAAGCUCGAGACACCAAAACUCUGGAAAAAUCCUGGAGGGCGCGGGAGUUUUCCACGGAGCUAACCCGCUUCAAAGUGCGGUGGGUUCUUCUCAAAAUUCACUGGGAAAUCUGAGUAGAGGAGAAAGUUUAAGACAUCGAAAUCAGAUUGAAAGAACGAUUUCGAAUGCUACAGAACAG